AUGCCUUGGCUUUUGUGGUCCCUUAUCUUCCCACCCCGUCCCGACCUGUCUGCCGACGCAUGCGGCUGCUGUGCUCCAAUCUUGCAAUAUUCCAGGCUUCGCGUCCUUGUCUUCUGUCUCAAGCUCCUUGGGCUUAUGUCUAGACUUGUUGGCUGGAUCGGUCUCUACUCUGGGCGGAACAAAACAACCGGCAGCUCGAUCGCUUCGCCGUUUGCAUUUGCAUCGCGUCCCAUCUCCACCUCAGCAAGCCACGACCUCGUGGUAAAAUGCCUUUUUUUCCUUCACGGUAGCCUCGGCCGUCGACCGUUACCGUGUGUGGUGGGAGACGAAAGUCGAACUGUCAAUUGCUAG